GGCGGCUAGUUGCCUGUCUAGUCUAUCCCUGUCAACAAUACUGCAACCUGAGACGGGAUAGCCAGCCAGCCAGUUGGCUAGCUAAGUAAACCAGCUAAGUUAGCUGCUCUGCUAACCAACUGUCACGACUCGUAAUUUUUCCCUUAAGUUGGCGGGAUACACUGUGUUAGAAGUUGUUUCGACAAGCGUGGAGGGAAAGCUGACUUUAUGGUUUGGCUCCUUCGACUCCUUCCUCCCGUGUGAUAUGACAUCACGACUCGGUUACAAGAGAAGCUCGAGCUCUACAGCAGACGGUUGACAUCUGGUCAGGAUGGCUGCUCAGGUGGAGGUUCAGACUACGGAGGUAGGAAGGACAGUGGCAGGAGGACGACAUCACCUGACUCCCCUGACAGACUCCAGCAAUAAGAGCCUCAUUGACAUCCCGUCUGCCAAUCAGCCGCAGCUCAUCGCAGCUGAACCAAACAAGCCUGCCCCAAGCGCCAAGCCGCGACUUACUCCCAAACCUUUUUCUGUGGAGAAAAAUCCUACAAUUAAGCCCAUACUUGCCCCAAAGCCUCAAACUAAACCCAGACCUGAGUCCACUCGCCUUGCUGGAUACAAACCAGAGCUUCCAAGCAAUCCAAAACCACAGCAGCCGGUUUCCAGCAGCAAACCCAGACCACUUUUAACCAACCCCAACCGUCCUGCCUCUACCUCCUUUCGAUCACCCACUAAGUUGAACACUGGACAGACAACAAAGCUAGUAGCCCAGCCAUUUAAACCAGCUCCUCCACAUGACACUGGAGGCCCUAGCAGACCCACCCCUCCUCCUGUGCCAGCACAGAGGCAGAAACCCUCAACAUCAAGCUUGGCCUACUCAAAGAGCUUUAAAAAACUACCAGCAGCAGAGUGGUCUGGAACCACUAAAAAAGAAGACGAAAAAGGCCACAAUGCACAAGGUAAAGUUGGAACCUCCCUUACUAGAGCAAAGUCCAUGGGCUUUCUUCUUGAUGCAGGGGAAGAAAAUGAAGGAAAAGAAAAGGCUCAGCCUGAAACAUCUGUGCCUCUGCGACCACAUCCUAGAGACUCCAAGCCCAGACCUGUAUCAGCCAUUUUCCCCGGCAGUACAACGAAGACGGAGACCCCGGUUCCUGCUCCUCGCUCGGCUGGGAGACGACCCCUUUCAGCUGAUCUCACUUCCAAAUUUGGGUCUAUUGGUCUUUCACUGCACCGGAAAUUUCCUGAAGGAAAUACAGUAGACAACACUCCAGAGGGAAAAGUACUACCACAAAGCAAAGAGGAAGAUAAAACCUUUACGAGUACCACACCACAAAGUACUGAUGAUGUCUGUAAUCCUAUCCUCUCAGACCAAAGCAACAAAAACAAAGAAGAAAUGGCUGCAAAAGAGACCGAUGAAGACAAGCGCAGGGUUAGCGUCAAGUCGCGAAUAAGUCUUUUGCUCGAUUUGCCGUCUUCUCCUGGGGUAGCUGCCACCGGCCAUGGUUCAGAUCUUCGUUCUCCAUUGCAGCCAACCCCUGAAGGUGAACCAGCAGUUGGUGUUAAACAGCUCAUCAAGCAGCUGACAGAGGAUACAACACCGACUCAGAGCCCUGUCCUUAAACCAUCACUGAAGCCCCGUCCCUUGCCCCUUGACCUAACCAAAAGGUUUUCAGCCGAGAGGUCACCUGACCCUGUUUCCCUCACUGAGGCAGAGGAUCGUCAUUACAUCAGCAAAGAUCCUCAGAAGAGGGCUGAAGAAUCAGCUAUCACUCCCAGUGACCAGAAGACAUUUUUGGAUUUAAAAGAUUCCCAAGAGCAGCUCAAAAAGGUCUCCACGCCUGAAGGGCCUGCAGCAGGACAGACGUUUGUUGCUGUUUCCAAGGAAAUUGGUGCAGGCAGUGGAGUCCAAACGGUGCGAGCAUCCUUGUUUGAUAAUGUCGUGGAGAGGCACAGCGUGGUGUUGAUGGAUGAUGGCUCAUCUGUUGACACGGCCAAGGAUUUGCUCAGCAGCACGUCUCCAUUCGAUAGAACAGUUACUGAAUAUAACGGGGCUUCAGUCACCGCUAACUACAGCCAGCCUUUAUCGCCAUCAUGUUUUCAACCCAUAUUACAUGCCUUUGACACAGUGCAGGCUGUCGAAAAGAGUCGGGCAGUGAGUGUGAGCGUCCCAUCAGCUCAGUGGGAGGAUAAAGCCAUGACCCUCCGUUCCAGACGCUCAGAAGGGAGCAGGCCUCUUCCAGAAUGGACCAGUCCUGCACAAGAACAGCCACCUUUGGCACCUUUGAUGCCUCAAACACAGCCACGAUAUCUGAGGAUAGGAGCCUUACAGAAGUGGACCACUACAGGUCUCGACCAAGACGUAGAUAUGGAGACAGGGAUGCUAAAGGAAUCACAAAGGGAAGGACAAGUGGCUUUAGAUAAAGACAAGGAGAGACAAAGAGUGGCAGAACAGGAAGAAGUGUCUGCAGCACCUAAACGCUUGAAGAUGCUGCAGGCAGACGAAAUGGCAAAACCCAAGGCAACCUACUUUGCUUUAACCGGACAAAUACAGGAGCCAGUUUCUCUUGGGGGUGCAGGGACAAACACUGGGGACAUGACUAGCCCCUUUGAUGACUUCUUAGGGAUUUCUCUCCUUAGUGGCCCUCAAGGGAAGAGUCUUCCAGUAAGGGGGAGCCCGUCUUUAAACGAUGAUCCUUUUGGAAAAACAACUCCAUCGCAAGAGCAAGUUAAAGAUUUGAUGAUAAGAAGCCACAAGUCACCCAGGGAGAGCAGUUUAGCCUCAGAUGGACAGAGUAAAGAGGAAAGGCUAGAAGCUGAAAAGAAAAGGGAGCAAAGGAAGGAGAAAGAAAGGCACAGGACUAAGAUAAAAGAAAUUGAAGGUGAAAAACAGACACAGCUGGAAAUGGAGAAACAAGCACAUUUAGAAUUUACACGAAUGAAAGAGUGGGAGAUGCAAAGAGAAUUUGAAAGGCAAAGACGUAAGUCAUUUGAAAAGGAGAAACAAGAAUUUGAGGAGAAACGUGCCCUGGAAAGGCAGAAACAGAUUGCGAUUGAGAAAGCACAAGAAUUAGAGGAGAAACAGAGACUUGAAAGAGAGAAGCAAAGGAAACUUGAGAAAGAAAAAAGGCAAGAACUAGAGAGACAAAAGGAGAGACAGCGUGAAAAGGAACAGCAAAAACAAAAGGAGGAAGAGCGGCUAAAACUGCAGCUCGUAGAGCUUCAAAGACAGAAGCAGAGAGAAAAGGAAAUGCAGCAGCUAAAAGAAAAAAAGGAAAAAGAAGAGGCAGACAAGAUGAGACAGAUCGCAUUAGAGCAAGAAAUGUUAAGAAUAAAAGAGCUUGAAAAAGAGCGGGAAAGAGAAAAGGAGAUGGAGAAGGAGCGUCAGAAAGAGAUACAGAGGGAGCUGGAGAAACGGCGACAACAAGAUUUAGAAAGGGAGAUACAGAGACAGCUAGACAAUGAGCAACAGGAACUGGAGAAGGAAAGGAAGAGGAAGGAGGAUGUAGAGAGACUUAAAGAGCUGGAAAGAUUACAGCUCUUCGAGUUUGAAAAGCAAAAACAGGCAGAGAGGGAGAGACAACAACUUCAGGAGCUCGAAAAACUGAGGCAACUAGACAUUGAGCGACAGAAAUUAGAAAACCAGAAGCUGAGACAACAGGAACUGGAGAAGGAAAGGAAGGAGGAUGUAGAGAGACUUAAAGAGCUGGAAAGAUUACAGCUCCUGGAAUUUGAAAAACAAAAACAGGCAGAGAGGGAGAGACAACAACUUCAGGAGCUUGAAAAACUGAGGCAACUAGACAUUGAGCGACAGAAAUUAGAAAACCAGAAGCUGAGACAACAGGAACUGGAGAAGGAAAGGAAGAGGAAGGAGGAUGUAGAGAGACUCAAAGAGCUGGAAAGAUUACAGCUCCUGGAAUUUGAAAAACAAAAGCAGGCAGCGAGGGAAAGACAACAAAUUGCGGAGUUUGAGAAACACAGACUGAGGGAAAAGAUGGAAAGGGAGGAAGCAGAACGGAUGCGAGUCAUAGCCAAGCAACAAGAAGCAGAGAGACAGCGACUAAAAGAGAAGCAGAAAAAAGAGGAGCAAGAGAGGCUAAACUUGGAGCCAUCACGUCUGAAACCCAAAAUUCUUGAUCUGGACUCUGUGCUCAGAAAUGAACCAGUGUCUAAGUCUACUUCUCAGCGCAGCGAUGCUGCAACCCGCUGGAAGGAGCCUUACAAGCCUAACAUUCUUGACAUAGACUCCUUUACAUCUCAAGCUCAGCUCUCCUCUAAUAAUGACUUGUUUCCUUCAUUGGGAAUGCAGGGACUAAAUGCUGACUUUGGGGGUAAAUUACAGCCUACAUCUGAAAGUGACGUUAGCUGGAAGAUACCAUCACAGACUUCAGUAGGUUUCUCAAACCCAGUAUGGACGACGCCUCCUCAGGACCCCUGGGAGCUGCGGUCAGUUGAGAUGUCUGUGGACCAGCCUAAGGCUGAAUCUAGAAAACACGCCAACAAACACAGUCCAGAACAGCUCCUUCUCGAUCAUGGGGAACGCAUCCCAACUCAACAAAGGCCUUGGUCUGCUUUCCUGGAUGAGCCACCCCCUUUGGGCCCUUUUCCUGGUUCAGAGGUUAAAAGUGUGAACUCCCCAGGUGGACUCCCCACCAUCACUCCUGCAGAGCAGAUCUGGUUGCCCAGAGAGCUACAGCCACAGAAGAUCAGGGGAGAAGCACAGGGCCAGAGGAGAUCACAGGGGUCCAAGGAGUUGAACAGAUUGCGGUCUCGGAGUGUGUCACGACGAUCGGUUCCUGCAGGUAGUGCCGUGGAUGGAAGCCCUUCCAGGAUGAGGAGUCGCAGCGCCCACAGAGAGCAGGACCUGCAGAGCAGGGUACAGCAGAAGCAAAGUGUCAGUGGUGAAGAGGAGGUGAAGGGCUCAGAAACACCGGUCCGUGAGACUGACAGUCAGUAUGGGACCUGGGAGACGGGACUACGCACUGAUGAUAGUCUGACACCUGCGACUCCCAGCUCAGAAAGUAAUCUCAGUCCUUCACCGAAAAAGCCAACUCCAGCACACACACCAGGUGAUGUUGCUUCACCGUUUGAAAGCAGCAGUCUGGAUGGCCUCCCUCCCUCAUCCCCACCUGAGAGCCAGCCGCUCUCUUUCCCUGACGCUCCGACCACCCUGUUAGAUACCAGCGUGCUCCGCUCUAGAGCCCAGCUGGGGAAGAAACGAGCGCCGCGGACACGACCCACCAGGGCUACACGUCAGAGUGCUGCACAAGCAGAGGGUGAGGGAGGAACCACUGAGGACUGGCUCUACAGAGACUCCACAGAGGCAAAGGCUGAGAGUAAAGACGAUGACUCAGACUCUGAGGAGAAGCCCAGAGGAGCUGAUGCUGCACCGGCUGUUGCGUCGCAGCCACAGAGGGUCGCCCUGUUCCCUGGCAUGGACCCUUCAGCUUUAAAGGCACAGCUGAAGAAGAGGGGGGACUCUGACAAUCAAACUGAUGGACCUGCUCCCUCUCCCUCCCAGCUGUCUCGCUCACCCAAGUCCCCUUUUCUCCCCAGGGCAGCGCGUGUGCUGCCCCCCUCUGGCGGGAAAGAAAAUGGCCAGGAGGAUUCACCCCAGUGGUUGAAAGAACUGAAAUCCAAGAAACGCCUGAGUCAGUAUGAAAGUGAGAGCUAAGUAAAUAAUAAGGUUGCCUUAACAGAUGAAUCUGUGUGAAACAGAAGCCUUAACGUUUGACCCAGAGAGUAGGAGGAGGUUGAAUCUACAGCUGCUGAUGAUUUUUUUUUUUUUGGUUUUUUUUAAACCCCCCACUUUUUUCCUCUCUCUCUCUUCUCAUCUGGGUCGGUAAAUGUGCAUGGUGCCUUUUUGGGGGGGAAGUCUCUGUCCUAUGGAAAAAGAAAAACGAGCAUGGAGGAAAAACAUCAGGCUGGUCUGCUUACUCCAUUUCAUGCUUGAACACAGGGGCUCCAAAACGAACUUCACACGAACACUUUAAAGAGGGACCAGGAGGAGUCGGGAAGACACAGCACCUCCUUUUCCUGGACGAGCUUCAUCGCAUGCUGGAGGACAAUCCAGCCAAUCCUUUGCAUCCAGUUUCCUCUUUACUGAGCUAAUGUACAGGCUAGCCAUGUAUGUGUUAUCUGCAGAGGUUGCUGAUUGGAGUCACACAAACUUUGCCAUAGGAUGACAUUUCAGACACUAAUGAUUUCUGCGUAUUGAGAACAAACCUCCACGGUCUUGAUCGUCCACGGGGGUGCUGCUCACGUUAGUAUCUGUAAUCAGGAGAUGUUAUAUUUGUAUCCUCAAUGAUUUAACAAAGGUGGAGAACUCGUUUUGGAAAGGAUGCAUCACUACAGCAGAGCUGUUCACUUUGAUACAGUUACACAGCCUAACAGGGGUGCAGUUGCUGCGUACUGUGUAUAUAUUUUUUUGUGAUUUAUCUUUUUGUCAAUGUGUAAGAGGGAUGGGACAAGCAGCUUUGUAUCUGUCAAUCAUGCACACUCCUAAUCAGCACAAACACACUCCUCAGUCUUUUAUAAAAACACUAAUCAGCCCAUCUUCCCCUUCUUUAGUAGAUUGUAGCUGCGAGCAUCUAAUUUAAGCCAUACUCACCUACUUCUCGAUCAUGUCCUGACAAUACUGUUUUUAUUUCCCAGUAUGUGCAAUUUCCCUUUCGUUUUUGUCACUCAUUAUCCAUGCAUGUACAAUCUUUGCUGUCACAUCAGGCUUGGCUCUCGCUGACUGGUUCAGAGGACCUAGAUGUUGACUUACACUACUCCAGGGAAGGGGACGGUUCAUUCACUACAAUGUAAACGAAUCCUGUAAUGCACCAAACUAAUGUGAACAUUUGAACUUCAGCUACGCCUCAUCUCCGUCUUCCUCUCCACAUUUGCCAUCUCCCUACUUUCUCCACGCUUCAGUAAAGCACUUUGUCACUUGACGCACUACAGCACAGACACCCACCCACCACCACCCCUUCCCCUCUGGUCUCAUCUUCUGUAUCGUCGGCCUGCUCGUGCAAUGCAAGUGAAUGUGUUGAUCGAGGCUUCAGAGUGAUUGUCCCUGGUGUGUAUGUACAUGGAUGUUUUACUUUGUCAUAAAAUUCAAGGGUUAAUUUUUAUGCCCUUUUUUUUUUUUUUUUUUUUUAAUUCAAAAGGAAAGGUCUAUAUUGCACUGUGUUGUACUGGCCAGUGUCCUAAAGUGAAUAAAUUCUUAAUAAAAUAUA